GUUGCCAGGUGUUCCUUCUCAUCGGUGAUUGGUCCAUUUCAUGUCCUUCGAUUCCGUACAGAAUUAGGGAAGCAAAGAACAAAUGCGCGUGCGCGAAGCUCUAUUGAGCUUUCGGACUGUCUUAGUCUUGCCUGAUUCAAAACUUUAUUUCUUUUGAAGCUGUGAAAGAACUGUCUGCUAUGAGAUGUGAAGCAUGUUAAUUUCAUAGGUUCUCUGUAGGGUCAAUUAGGGGCUGCGGUCUUUUUUUUUUUGUAGAUGAAAUUCUCAUGCAGAUAGGCAAACCUGCUUCCGUACUAAGGUCCUAGAAAGCGGUGGACACACAAAAAGGUCCUUUUAUAGAGUCGUCGCAGGCGCGUGUCUGUCUGCUUGGCAGUGUAGGAGGAGGACCGGCGCGUGUAGCCCUGGGGAGCUGUUCCCGCAUACCGCCAUGUAUUAUAAAUUCAGUAGCUUCACACAGAGGCUGGUUGGGGCCGGCGCUUCUUCUGCUUAUAUUCCGCAGGGGCUCAAACCAGUGGUAGCCGUUGAAUCAGCACCUCUGGUUUUUGCAACACCAACUAAACUCGCCUCCGAUGCCUCACCAGCUGUUGAGUAUAUGGGUAAAAACAAGGUUCCAGAACUGCAAAAGUUGUUUCAGAAACCUGAUGGUCUGCCAGUACAUCUGAAACGUGGAGUUCCUGACAAACUCCUUUACCGGACCACUAUGGCACUAACAAUAGGAGGGACCAUUUAUUGUCUGAUAGCACUCUAUAUGGCUGCACAACCACAAAGACAGAAGUGAAUGAUCCCAGUUGAACGGGCAUAGAUAGAAACUCUGUGGCAAGAAGACUUACCUUUAACUCCCUACCAUUACAAUAUGAUCAAUGCAAAUUCUUGGGAAUUCAGUCUGAUGUUAAGAGAAGUGAUUAGGGAAUGGUUAUAUUUUUAUGCUUAGUAUUGUUAAGGAUAAAGUUAAUACUGGAUGAUUCAGAUUUGCAGAUUACUCUUCACACCCUUCACUGAACCAGACCUAAAACCAUCAGCCUGUGUAUACUUCUAGCAACAAGGUCGUGUUUUAAGUUUGGUGGCAGAAGCUGGAAAGGAAGCCGUGUAUACCCAUGCUUUACCACCACCUGCCCUGGGAGGAGGGCAUAAAGAGAUGCUAAAAAUAUACUUGAUCUGUGGAAGUUUGAAAACAAUAGAGUUAAAUACCGGUUUACUCCCAAGUUGGCAAAUUGAUCAUUUUUAAUAACAAUUUGAACUGGAACCUACCUUUUCAAACUCAGUUGAAAGGCCUAAUUAUGUAAAUGUGUGCUUCUCAUUGAGUAAUAUUUGGCAAAGUGCCAUAGUGCUCCAGCAAGUUUGCAAGCAUUCUGUUCUAAAGGUCUCUCUGCUUUAAUGGCCCCACCUUUGUGAGCAUAUCUCUCGGGUGUGGUGUUGCACUUAUGAUGGGUUCUGUCUUAGCAAUGCAAUUUCAUCAUGUGAUUUCCCCGAGAUCUCUCUCUAAAAUAAAGUUCUACUUGUUUAUUGGUGGAAUAAAUACAGCAGUAUGAAUACUGGA